GACGAAGACUGUAUUCUCACAGUUCUAGAUAUGCCGAAGUUUGUAGUUGCUUGUGUUGCCUUCGGGUUUAUUGUUUGCGUGCACUCAGCACCAGGGGGCUACGGCGGCGGUGGUAAAAGCUAUGGAGGUGGUGGCGGAGGUGGGUUUGGCGGCGGCGGCGGUUUUGGCGGUGGAGGCGGAGGUGGUGGCGGCGGAUUCGGAGGUAGUGGCGGCGGAUUCGGAGGUGGAGUAGGAGGUGGUCACGGAGGAGGCCUCGGCGGAGGAAGCGGUGGUGGCUUAGGAGGUGGUCAUGGAGGAGGUCUUGGUGGAGGAAGCAGUGGUGGCUUAGGAGGUGGUCACGGAGAUGGAUUAGGAGUCGGAAAUGGCGGCGGCCAUGGUGGUGGUCUUGGAGGCGGCAGCGGAGGUGGUCUUGGCGGUGGUCACGGUGGCGGUAUUGGGAGCGGAAACGGAGGUGGUCACGGUGGCGGCAUUGGGGGCGGAAACGGAGGAGGUCACGGUGGUGGCAUUGGGGGCGGAAACGGAGGAGGUCACGGUGGUGGCAUUGGGGGCGGAAACGGAGGUGGCCAUGGUGGCGGCCUUGGGGGCGGAAGCGGAGGUGGAAUCGGUGGCGGCCAUGGAGGUGGUGGUGGAUUCGGAGGUGGCCUAGGUGGUGGACAUGGCGGAAACAGUGGACAUGGCGGUUACGGCGGACACGGCGCUCACGCAAGCGCUAAAGCACACGCCGGUGGAUACGGGCGCUAGAACAACACGAAUAUGGCGGUACCAAAGUGCAAUAAAACAAUUCAAAAUGUGAUAUAAUUAGAUAUAAUAUCGCCAUUACUAAAACGUAAAAUAAUAUAUUGAUUUAGAAAAAA